AUGGGUGAGUCCUAGUGCACGAAGCAUUGAUUUCUCGCAUCUUCGACCUCUCACAUCUCCUGCCUUGCGAUCAAUAGCGCCCUCCGAAAGAACGCCUCUAGCCUCGGGUCAGCCGGAGGAGCACCGCAACAGUGCUCUUCCGCUUCAUCGGCCUUCUUCCUAUCCAGCAGCAACAGGUGGGCCCUCUGAGUCGCACUCUACAAGCAGCCCAACGCUGCUCUCUUCCUUUAGAUGGUUGAUCUUCUCUAGCUGGCUCAACAUCCUCCUCGUCUUUGUCCCACUGGGAUUCUUGGCCGAGAAACUUCAUUGGGGCGCUGCCACCAUCUUUACCCUCAACUUUUUGGCUAUCGUGCCCUUGGCAAAGGUGAGCUCAGCACGAGGUGGCGGAUCGUGGAGGGCGUCUGCCUGAACAAACAGCAAUGGCGGAACUCGAGUGCUGUAGCGCGAGGAAGCAGCAAAGCUUGAUCGCUCGAGUGGGAUGCGGUGAAAGGCUGAAGGUGAACAGGAGAAAGUGGCCCAUUUGUCUUUUCGCGCUGGCACGCCAAUGUCAUCAAGCUAGUGGAGCUCUAUUCUGUGCAUACGAGCUCCCAAGCUGACUUAGACAAUCCUCCCUGCAUUUCCCACGCUACAGCUGCUUGGAGAUGCCACUGAGCAAGCAUCCUUGAAGCUUGGUCAGACGCUUGGAGGACUGCUGAAUGCCACUUUCGGAAAUGCCGUUGAGCUCAUCGUAGGAAUCGUCGCCUUGACUCAAGGUCAAUUGCGGAUUGUCCAAACGAGCCUGAUCGGGUCUAUCCUCAGCAACAUUCUCCUCGUCCUGGGCAUGAGCUUUGUUGCUGGAGGCAUCUACAAGGAUGAGAACUUGUUCCAGACUACGUGAGCUAUGCAACAGCGCUCGGAUGCAAGCGUGCAAGCAGCGUAGUGCUGAUGCGACUUCUUCCUGGCCCCUGCAGCGCUGCCCAAGCUUCGGGCUCCAUCAUGACCCUUGGCACAGUCGCUGUGGCGCUUCCUGCCGCAUAUCAAAGCUCCAUCACCAUGCACACCCUCCUCGCAAAUGCGGGUCAAGGGGAGCUCAAAGGUCCGAACAAAGACCCUGAGCAGGGCCUAUUGUUCAUUUCGCGCGGAACGAGCAUCAUUCUGUUGGUCAUUUAUGCCAUCUACCUGGUCUUCCAAUUGAAGACGCACGCCUACCUAUUUGAGGCUGACCAGAACAACGAGGACGAGGAAGAGGAGACGCCCAACAUGACGCCCAUUGCUGCAGUCAUCGGAUUGGGGCUGGUGACGGUCGUGACGAGCUUCAAUGCUGAUUACCUCGUGGGUGCGAUCGACGAAGUAGCGCAAGAGUACAAGAUCCCCAAAGCUUUCAUCGGAACCAUUCUGUUGCCCAUCGUUGGCAAUGCGGCGGAGCAUGUGACCUCUGUCUGGAUGGCUGCAAAGGACAGGUUGGAUCUUUCCCUCGCUGUUGCUCUGGGCUCCUCUAUCCAGAUCGCCAUUGGUCUCAUUCCUACGCUCGUGCUUGUCGGCUGGGCUAUCGAUCAACCUCUGACUGUGAGUAGAAGCCUGUUGCAUUUCUGCUGCGCCAAGACCCUGCUCCUCUGAUACCUUCACGUCCUCUCUAUGCGCCACAUCGCAGCUUUACUUUCAAACGUUCGAGACCGUCGUGCUGAUUGCAAGCGUGGUGCUCGUCAACUCUCUCAUCCAAGAUGGACGCUCGUAAGUCGCUUUUCGUGUCAGCAUUCGUGACAAGGCAAUGCGAGCAAAUGUGUCUCACGCCUUUGAACCCUUCAUCCGCAGCAAUUACAUUGAAGGCGUCAUGCUGUGCGCCCUGUAUGCCGUCGCUGCCAUUUCGUGAGUACGGCCCAUGUUCACUCCCAAUUGUAACAAAGGCGAAUCUUUGAGAAGCUGACUCGCUCGCGCUACACCUUUCAGAUUCUGGGUGGAACCUUGA